AUGUUAACCUCAGCAAAAAUUGUUGAAACAUCAGUAAUUAAAGUAGAAACACGUUGUCAACACAGCGCUAUCGAUAAAAUAACGAUACCAAUUUUAGAUGUAGACAGUCAUUUGCAUAAGCACUUGAAACUGAACAUGAACGUUAACACUGACCGACAUACCUUGUUACUUAACUGUGCCUUAAUCGGUGGAAUCACUUGUUUGGCAAUCAGCUAUAGCGUCGAUGAUUUGAGAAAUGAGCGUAUGAGUUGCAGCAACUUCAGAUUCUUUCUCAUGCCCCUACGGCACAUGGGUUUACCAGCUCAUGGCUCCUCUGCAGCCUGUCGCAUACAUGCUUCUUUUAAUGCUCACGCUCGGCUGCCUCACCGAUCGGCCGCCAACUAA